GAAGAGGCAGACAGAGAUGAACCACUGGUCCAUUUACCUGUUGGGAUGGACAACCUUCCUCCUCUACUCCUACGAGACAAGUGGAAAUGACAAGGCGGAGUGCGUCUUUCCCUUCACCUACAAGGGGUCUGUCUACUUCACCUGCACCAGAAGCAGCAGCUUCUCGCCGUGGUGUGCCACCAGAGCCGUGUAUAACGGGCAGUGGAAGCCGUGCUUGGUGGAAGAUUACCCACGGUGCAUCUUCCCCUUCAUCUACCGAGGAAAGUCCUAUCACAGCUGCAUCACGGAGGGCAGCUUCUUCGGGAAGCUGUGGUGCUCAGUCACCUCCAGCUUUGACGAGAAGCAUCAGUGGAAAUACUGUGAAGUCAACGAGUACGGGGGGAACUCCUUCAGCAAGCCCUGCAUCUUCCCCUCCACCUACAGAAAUGAGGUGAUCUAUGAGUGCCUCGAGGACAAAAACAACAAGCUCUGGUGCCCAACCACAGAGAGCAUGGACAAGGAUGGGAAGUGGAGCCUCUGCGCCGACACCCGAAUUUCCUCCUUGGUUCCCGGCUCUCCCUGCCACUUCCCAUUCAACUAUAAGAACAAGAAUUAUUUUAACUGCACUACAAAAGGAUCCAAGGAGAACCUUUCCUGGUGUGCAACCUCUUACAACUAUGACGAGGAUGGCACCUGGGUGUAUUGCUGAUGCAAAGGAAACAAGAAACGUCUUCAGAGCAAGAUGGACCCGUGGAGUCUGGAGCCACCUUCGUCUUUUUAAUGGCCUCUCUCAAGCUUAGAUGAUCCCCUUUAGAAAUACCCUGUCCAUGAUCUGUCUUAAGCGCAUGGUCACUUGUGAAACACAGAGGGAGCAUGUGGCUUGGCCACCAAUAAAGGAGCCCCAAGUUAACUCGGGCUGCCCUUCCGGCUUCCUGGAAUGAGAGAGAUGGCAAGGGGUGUGUGUGCAUGGGGACAGAAAUGCCGGCGACCGAGCUGGGGAGACUCGCAGUGGGCAGAUCAGAUUGGCAGCCCUGGGGCCCUGGGAAGGAAGUUCAGCCUGCUCUCUCGUCCUGGAAAAUCACAGACUUGGGUGGGGCAUUUGUAGGAGCUUAUUCAAUCAUCCAUAAAUAAAUGAGUAAG